AUGCAGGCCCCAGUCUUGGUUAUGAACACCCAGAGCGGUGAGAGACAAACUGGUCGGAAAGCUCAGAUAUCCAAUAUUGCUGCCGCAAAGACCGUUGCCGACAUCAUUCGAUCAUGUCUCGGUCCCAAGGCCAUGUUGAAGAUGCUACUCGAUCCCAUGGGAGGCAUUGUGCUGACCAACGAUGGCCACGCCAUCUUACGAGAAAUCGAGGUGUCCCACCCUGCCGCCAAAAGUAUGAUCGAGCUUAGUAGGACACAAGACGAGGAGGUUGGAGAUGGCACAACAACAGUGAUAAUCCUGGGCGGUGAGAUUCUCGCACAGGCCCUACCUCAGCUUGAGAGAAACAUCCACCCAGUUAUCAUCAUAUCCGCCUUCAAACAUGCUCUAAAAGACGCUCUCGAAAUCGUCGAUGAGAUUUCCCUACCCAUAGACAUCAACGACGACGAGGCCAUGAACCGCUUAAUAUCCUCCUCGAUUGGUACCAAAUUCGUCUCACGAUGGUCUAACCUGAUGUGCAGCCUUGCUCUCAAAGCCGUUCGCACUGUGUCGUGGGAGAUUGGCAAUGGCAAGCAAGAGGUGGAUAUCAAGAGAUAUGCGCGCGUAGAGAAAAUCCCCGGUGGCGAGAUUGAGGACAGCAGGGUCUUGGAUGGUGUCAUGCUCAACAAAGACAUCACCCAUCCCAAGAUGCGGAGAAGGAUCGAAAACCCAAGGAUCGUCUUGCUCGACUGCCCUUUAGAGUAUAAGAAGGGCGAGUCGCAGACUAACAUUGAGAUAACCAAAGAAGAGGACUGGAACACCAUUCUACAAAUCGAAGAGGAGCAGGUCAAGUCGAUGUGUGAUGCCAUCAUAGCGUUAAGCCCCGACCUUGUCAUCACUGAAAAGGGUGUUUCGGACUUGGCACAACAUUAUUUCAUGAAGGCGAACAUUACCGCGCUUCGCAGAGUUCGCAAGACGGACAACAACCGAAUUGCUAGAGCCACCGGUGCCACGAUCGUGAACCGAGUGGACGACCUUCAGGAAUCAGAUGUUGGUACUAAAUGCGGUUUGUUCGAGAUUGAAAAAAUCGGUGAUGAGUACUUUACCUUCCUCACAAAGUGCACAACGCCGAAAGCUUGCACGAUUCUUCUCCGAGGCCCCUCCAAGGAUAUAUUAAACGAGAUCGAACGCAACUUGCAGGAUGCCAUGGGUGUAGCUAGAAACGUCAUAUUCCAUCCACGACUAUCACCUGGUGGUGGAGCGACAGAAAUGGCAGUUUCUGUCAGGCUAGGGCAACUCGCGAGGAAUAUCGAGGGUGUUCAGCAAUGGCCAUAUAAAGCGGUUGCUGAGGCUUUGGAAGUUAUCCCGCGAACGCUGGUGCAAAAUGCCGGCGCGAGUCCUGUCAGAGUGCUUACAGAUCUGCGCGCUAAGCACGCUGAGGGUAAGAGCUCAUGGGGAAUCAAUGGAGAUACAGGCACGAUCGUAGAUAUGGAGGAGUACGGGAUCUGGGAACCAGAGGCUAUCAAACUGCAGAGUAUUAAAACUGCUAUCGAGGCUGCCUGUCUCUUGUUGAGAGUGGAUGAUAUCUGCAGUGCGAAGAAAGCGCAGCAAGUUGGCGCGGCUGGGCUCGGCGGAGGCGAUGACUAA